AUGUCGCAUCAAAUAAUAAAAUCUAAUAAAAAUACGGAAAAAGUUUGUUUUAAUGGCCACAUGUAUACGAAACAUUACAGCACUUUAAUAUCUGAUGUUUGGAGGUGCUCUAAGGCGUCGAGUCUCAAGUGUCCAGGCAAAUUAAAAACAUCGAAAGAAAAUCCUACUGAAAUACCAAUAAUCGAUAAAGCACAUACUCAUUCUCCAGACACGCAUGAAGUUGAAGUCAAUAAAUGCUUAGCACGAAUGAAACAUAAGGCAGCAACUACGUCAACAAAUCCAAUUGAGAUUUACUGUGAAGAACUUGGAAGCUUGGAUAAUGAAACUCGAGCUAAGAUGCCACCAGAAACAAUUACUAAAAGAACUCUUCGAAAUCAACGAUCAAAAAAUAAUUUAAAAGAACCCAGACAUUUAGAUGACUGUGUAAUCGAAGGUGACUGGGCACUAACAAAUGAUGGACUUAGAUUAUUACUAAAAGAUAGUAUAGAAGAUCAAUUUGAAGACAGAGUUAUCAUAUUCGCCACUGAUAAAGGGUUAAAACAUCUUACCGAGGCGGAUACAUGGAUGUUCGAUGGUAACUUUGCAAUGGCACCUUCUAUUUUUCAACAAUUAUACGUAAUAAGAGUCAAAAUUCAUGAUUUGUAUAUAACUACAGUAUAUUGUUUAUUAGAAAAAAAAACGCAAACUACUUAUGAAUAUAUGUUACAAUCGUUACUUAAUGCAUGUCAUAAUCAAAACUUGUAUCCAGACCCUAUUAAUGUUCAUAUUGACUUCGAAAAGGCAGCUAUAAAUGCAGUCACAUCUAUAUUAGGUGAACAUGUAAAUAUAAAAGUUUGUUUUUUUCAUUUAACGCAAAGUACCUAUAGGAAAAUACAAUCCCUUGGUUUGGUAAAUUUAUACACAUAA